CUUACAAAUGGGAGAGUGAGGCUGUUGUUGUCUAAAGGCAAAUGCUACAAUCCCCGUCGUAAGGGAACUAGGAAGCGUAAGAGUGUUCGAGGAUGCAUUGUGGACAGCAAUCUGAGCGCCUUGAACCUUAUAGUCGUUAGAAAGGGUGAGGGUGAUAUUCCCGGUCUCACUGAUAUGAGUGUGCCAAGGCGUCUCGGUCCCAAGCGUGCUUCCAAGAUUCGAAGGCUUUUCAACCUCGAGAAGAUGGAUGAUGUUCGGCAGUUUGUCGUUCGCAAACCUCUCCCAUCGAAAGGAGACAAGAAGCCGCGCAGUAAGGCGCCGAAAAUUCAACGUCUCACAACCCCCAUACGUCUUCAGAGAAAACGCAGACAUAGGGCUCUGAAAAAGAAACGCGUUGCCAUUCGUAAGGAGCUGGAAACAGAAUACGCAAAGAUGAUCGCCGUUCGCCGUAAGCAGGCUCGGGAUGAGAGGAGACGUUCCCGAAGUCGGUCCCUUCGUGAAUCAAAGGCCGCUUCUGAAGAAUAG